GAGAGAGAUAGUUUGAGAGGAACAGAGAGAGGGCGGGAGAUACAGCACAGCAGCUGUAAAAAGCAGAGAAAAUCCCGGUCCAGCCUCUGCAAGCAUCAUUUCUCACAUCGGAUUGUAUCCGUUCUCGUCGCAACCAAUUUACGCCAAGAUUAUGAGUUUCACCCACUGAAGUUACUUCAUGUUGAACUGACCGUGGUCCAGUGCCCUCCACUGUGCCGCCUCCUCCCAGUUCAGAGCCCUUCCGUCUGUCCGGUGUAAGCAGCCAUGACUAAGUCCUAUGAGUUUAACUGGCAGAAGCACCUGCCUGGCUUCAUGCAGGAAGGAGCCUCAUUCGACAGGUUUGACGAGGACCCGUUUCUGUUUGAGCCCAACUGUCUGGUCAAAGUGGACGAGUUUGGCUUCUUCAUCACGUGGAAGAGCGACGGAAAGGAGGGCCAGGUUCUAGAAUGUUCUCUGAUCAACAGUAUUCGAGUCGGAGCCGUUCCAAGGGACCCUAAGAUCCUGUCUUUGUUGGAGGCAGCGGGGAAGAAGGAGGAGGAGCUGGAGGGAUGUGUCAUCUGCGUUUGCAGCGGCACCGACCUUGUCAACCUGUCCUUCAUGUACAUGGUGGCUGACAGCCCAGACACUGCUAGGAAGUGGACAGAGGGUUUGAGGUCAGUGAUCCACAACUUCAGAGCCAAUAACGUCUGUCCUAUGACCUGCCUCAAGAAACAUUGGAUGAGGAUGUGCUUUCUGACCAAUGUGAACGGCAAGAUCCCAGUGAGAACCAUCACACGGACGUUUGCGUCUGGGAAAACAGAGAGAGGAAUCUUUCAGGCUCUGAAGGAACUGGGUCUGCCUAGUGGAAAGAGCGAGGAGAUAGAAGACUCAGCCUUCCCCUUUGACAUCUUCUACGCCCUGACUCAGAAGAUCUGCCCUCGUACAGACAUCCAGGAACUCUUCAACAAAAUCAAUGGGGACAAAAGUGAUUUUUUAAACGUAGACCAGUUAGUCAGCUUUCUGAAUGAAAAUCAGCGCGACCCGCGGCUAAACGAGAUCCUGUUCCCAUUCUACGACCCGAAACGAGCCAUGCAGAUCAUCGAGAAGUACGAAAGAGACCCAGACCUCAAGAAGAAAGGCCGUAUGUCCAGCGAUGGCUUCUGCAGGUACCUGAUGUCAGACGAGAAUGCCCCAGUGUUCCUGGACUGUCUGGAGCUCUACCAGGACAUGGAGCAGCCGCUGGCCCACUACUUCAUCGCCUCCUCCCACAACACCUACCUGACCGGGAGGCAGUUCGGAGGAAAGUCCUCUGUCGAGAUGUACAGACAGGUGCUGCUCUCCGGCUGCAGGUGUGUAGAACUGGACUGCUGGGAUGGAAAAGGAGAAGACCAGGAGCCUAUCAUCACUCAUGGCAAGGCCAUGUGUACUGACAUCCUCUUUAAGGAUGUGAUCUCAGCCAUCAGAGAAACAGCCUUUGUGACAUCUGAGUAUCCUGUGAUCCUGUCAUUUGAAAACCACUGCAGUAAACCCCAGCAGUACAAGAUGGCUCGGUACUGUGAGGAGAUCUUUGGAGACUACCUACUGAGGCAUCCUCUCGAGGGAUACACUGUUGAAGCGGGUCGUCCCUUGCCUUCUCCCAUCGACCUCAAACGCAAAAUCCUCAUCAAAAACAAACGCUUGAAACCUGAGGUGGAACAGAAGCAGUUAGAGUCCUUUAAGAAGCACAUGGAGGCUGGAGAGACCAACACACCAGCUAUCUUACUGGGAGCAGAGACAGAGGAAGAUGUGGAGAAUGCUCUAGGUGAUGUGAAGGAGGUGAACCCUGACUUGAAGAUCAGUACAUCAGAGGAGCCUAGUGAAGACAACAGCCUCAGCACCAGUGUCAGUGUGAAGAAAGAAGGAGAGGAGAGGGACAACAGCAUCAAAAAGGUUGUGGAGGAGGAUCCGACAGAGAUGUCUGAGGCCACAGAAGCUACAGACGCCACAGACAUCUCUGAGGCUUCUGAGGAUAACAACAUCAAGAAGACUGGCGAGACGACGGAUGACGAGGAGGCUCUGAUAGCCUCGUACACGUACGUAGGAGCCACCACCAACAUCCACCCCUACCUCUCUGCCAUGGUCAACUACGCACAGCCAGUCAAGUUCCAGAGCUUCGACGUCGCAGAAGAGAGGAACAUCCACCACAACAUGUCGUCAUUUAAUGAGUCAGUGGGUUUGGGUUAUCUAAAGACCAACGCCAUCGAGUUUGUCAACUACAACAAGCGUCAGAUGAGUCGGAUCUAUCCUAAAGGAGGCAGGGUGGACUCCAGUAAUUACAUGCCUCAGAUCUUCUGGAACGCAGGCUGCCAGAUGGUCUCCCUUAACUACCAGACCCCAGAUCUGGCCAUGCAGUUGAACCAGGGAAAGUAUGAGUACAACGGAUCCUGUGGGUAUCUGUUGAAGCCAGACUUCAUGCGUCGCUCAGACAGGAUGUUUGACCCCUUCUCAGAGACACCUGUGGACGGGGUUAUUGCUGCUACCUGCAGUGUACAGGUGUUUUCUGGUCAGUUCCUGUCUGAUAAGAAGAUUGGGACCUACGUAGAGGUGGACAUGUAUGGGUUGCCCACGGAUACCAUCCGCAAAGAGUUCCGCACCCGCAUGGUGAUGAACAACGGCCUGAACCCCGCCUACAACGAAGAACCUUUUGUCUUCAGGAAGGUGAUUCUGCCAGACCUGGCUGUGCUGCGUCUUGCUGUGUAUGAUGACAAUAAUAAGCUGAUAGGUCAGAGGAUUCUACCAUUGGAGGGUCUACAGGCAGGAUACAGACACAUCUCUUUACGCAACGAAGGGAACAAGCCUCUGUCUUUACCCACCAUUUUCUGUAACAUAGUACUUAAGACCUACGUACCCGAAGGCUUCGGAGCCAUCGUGGACGCCCUGUCAGACCCCAAAAAGUUCCUGUCCAUAGCAGAGAAAAGAGCGGACCAGAUGAGAGCUCUGGGGAUUGAAACGAGCGACAUAGCAGAUGUGCCAAAUGAGAGUUCGAAGAACGACAAGAAAGGGAAGGUAAACGCCAACGUGAAGACCAACUUGACGCCACAGACCAGCUCAGACCCGGCUCAGUCUUCUACUUCUGCCCAGAACAACACCACUGACACCAAGAAGGAUAUAAAUGCACUGGUGCCUCAUGUGAAUAUUGAUGACUUGAAACAGAUGAAGGCGUACCUUAAACUGAUUAAAAAGCAGCAGAAAGAGCUGAACUUUUUAAAGAAGAAGCACGCAAAGGACCGCACCAUCAUGCAGAAGUGCCACUGCACCCAGGUGGACAAGAUGAUUUCUCAGCACGACAAGGAGAAGCUGACACAGGACAAACUGCUGGAGAAGGCCAUCAAGAAACGAGGAGAAAACAACUGUCUGGAGUUGAAGAAGGAGACUGAGAGUAAAGUAGAGAAACUGAACACUGACCACAAAGCUAAGGUGAAGGACAUUACAGCCCAGCACACUAAGGAAUGGUCAGAGAUGAUCAACUCCCACAGCAUUGUAGAGCAGGAUAUGAAGGACAUCCACGUGGUCCAGCAGUGUGAACAGCUCAAGAAACUACUGAGUGGAGUCCAGGAACAACAGACUCUUUCGCUCAAAUUGAUUCACGAACGGCAGAGCAAGGAGAUGCGGGCCAACCAGGCCAAGACCUCCAUGGAGAACAGCAAGGCCAUCAGCCAGGACAAGACCAUCAAAAACAAGGCAGAGAGGGAGAGGAGAGUUAGAGAGUUGAACAGCAGCAACACCAAAAAGUUCCUGGAAGAAAGGAAAAGGUUGGCUAUGAAGCACCAGAAGGAGAUGGAGACGCUGGAGAAGUCUCAGAAAGAACAGCUAGAGAAACUGGACAAGUUCAAUGAGCAGCUUUUGAAAUCACAUCAUGCCAGUAAACAGUGUCAAGGCCAAAGACAUCCAGCAGAUGGUGAAGCUGGAGGAGGAGAUGGACCGCAAACCAGCCACAGUGGUUUAACCACUCCCACCAACUGAGACACACACACAGACACACACACAUAUACACUGCCCAGACCAGCCACAUUAGUUUAACCACUUCCACCAACUGAGACAGACACACACACACUCUGCCCAGACCAGCCACAGUGGUCUGAACACCCCCACCAACACCUAAGACACACACAAACACCCACACAGGCACCGAAUGCUCCCUCAAACAACUGUCGCAGAGACCCAGAAACACUCACACACCCCACUACACACACCCCCUAGAUCCCCCGUUUCAUUUCCUCACCCUGCAAUAUUGUCAUAGCUCAUAUCCUCUAUCCCUCUAAAUCUCCCUCAUCAAUGAACCACACCCACACACAGUCAGUCCCCCCCUCCAACUCCCCUGUGCUGUGGAGCCAUUGGUGCAGACCGGUGAUUGACAGUAAGAUGAGCGAAUGCUGUUUGAAGGUGGGUGGGACAUCCAAAACAUUGAGAGACACAUCCCACCUUCACCGUUCCAUUUCUCCACCACUCUACUACACCCGGAUCUGCUUUUUAUAAUCCUCCAUCCAUCUUUUUAAUCUGUUUUUAAUGGAAGCAAUGUUUGCAGAUAUCAAUAGUCACUGUACACAUACACAAAGACACUGAUACACAUACACACAAUCGUUAUCACGUCUGUUCUUUCGGUUGUCAUGACGGCUUAAAUCAUGUUUUCUGUUCAAACUCUUGUAAUACUUUUAUUUUGUAUUUUUAAUGGUACCAGGUAUCAAUAACAGGACCAGAAUAUGGAGGGGGAAAAUACGGAUGUAUUAGUUAUACAUUUUAUGUCAGCACAAAAUAUGUAAAUUAUGCUGUAUGCUACACAAGAGUUGAAGUAAUGUCCUGAGCACUUUAUAUGUGGUAGGCAUAAUGUGGUAGGCAUAAUGUGGUAGGCAUAAUGUGGUAGGCAUAAUGUGGUAGGCUAUCAUAACCCAAGUGAAAGAUUUCUCUGUUUUGAUGUGAAUGUAAACUGAAAAAGGACAAAACGUUGGAUGAGCGCUGUUCGGAGAAAACUAAGCCCAACGUCAGGUAGUCCUAAACACUGCAGCUUGUCCUUCACGCAUAGUUUUGUUUUAUCAAGGGAUAUCUACGAAUUUUUCUCAACUAAAAAAAUAUACAAAAGGCUAAACCAGAGACUGAUUUUGAUUCUUUCACACCGACAGAAGUGUAUAUAGGGAGUGUGGAUGUGUAGACCAGUGUUCUUUCACUGGCCUGUCUUGUAUGACACCGUGUUAGAUUCAGAAAUUACCAGUUAAUGUAUUGUAUGUGUCAAAUGGCAUAAAGAAGACAAUCAUUUUUUAAUUUAAUUUUUUUAAUUUAGCAUUCAUUUUGACAUGGAGAUAUAUAUUUAUAUACAUAUACAGUGCAUUCAGAAAGUAUUCAGACCCCUUCCCUUUUUCCACAUUUUGUUACAUUACAGCCUUAUUUUAAAAUGGAUUAAAUAGAAAAUGACAAAGCAAAAAAAUCUUAUAUGCUAUGACACUUAAAAUUGAUCUCAGGUGCAUCUUGAUUCCAUUGAUCAUCCUUGAGAUGUUUCUACAACUUGAUUGGAGUCCACCUGUGGUAAAUUCAAUUGAUUGGACAUGAUUUGGAAAGGCACACACCUGUCUAUAUAAAGUCCCACAGUUAACAGGGCAUGUCAGAGUGAAAACCAAGCCAUGAGGUUCAAGGAAUUGUCCGUGGAGCUCCAAGACAGGAUUGUGUCGAGGCACAGAUCUGGGGAAGGGUACCAAAACAUGUCUGCAGCAUUGAAGGUCCCCACGAACACAGUGGCCUCCAUCAUUCUUAAAUAGAAGUUUGGAACCACCAAGACUCUUCCUAGAGCUGGCUGCCCGGCCAAACUGAGAAAUUGGGGGAGAAGGGCCUUGGUCAGGGAGGUGACCAAGAACCCGAUGGUCACGCUGACAGAGCUCUAGAGUUCCUUUCUGGAGAUGGGAGAACCUUCCAGAAGGACAACCAUGUAUGCAGCACUCCACCAAUCAGGCCUUUAUGGUAGAGAUGCCAGGCGGAAGCCACUCCUCAGUAAAAGGCACAUAACAUGACUGGGAGACUAGUCAGGAUUGAGGGAAAGAUGAACGGAGCAAAGUACAGAGAGAUUCUUGAUGAAAACCUGCUCCAGAGAACACAGGACCUCAGGCUGGGGUAAAGGUUCACCUUCCAACAGGACAAAACCCCUAAGCACACAGCCAAGACAACGCAGGAAGUCUCUGAAUGUACUUGAGUGGCCCAGCCAGAGCCCGGACUUGAACCUGAUUGAACAUCUCUGAAGAGACCUGAAAAUAGCUGUGCAGCGAUGCUCCCCAUCCAACCUGACAGAGCUUGAGAGGAUCUGCAGAGAAGAAUGGGAGAAAUUACCCAAAUACAGGUGUGCCAAGCUUGUAGCGUCAUACCCAAGAUGCCUCGAGGCUGUAAUCGCUACCGAAGGUACUGAGUAAAUGGUCUGAAUACUUUUUAUUUUUAAUACAUUUGCCAAAAAAUAAAGUAAACUUGUUUUUGCUUUAUCAUUAUGGGGUAUUGUGUGUAGAUUGAUGAGGGGGGAAACGAUUUAAUCAAUUUUAGAAUAGGGCUGUAAUGUAACAAAAUGUGGAAAAGUCAAGGGCUCUGAAUACUUUCCAAAUGCACUGUAUAUACACUACAUGUCAAAAGUUUGGACACAGCUACUCAUUCCAGAGUUAUUCUUUAUUUUCCACAAUCACCUGACCUCAGCCCGAUCAAACCGAUGGUUUGGGAUGAGUUGGACCGCAGAGUGAAGGAAAAGCAGCCAACAAGUGCAUAUGUGGGAACUCCUUCAAGACUGUUGGAAAAGCAUUCCAGAUUAAGCUGGUUGAGAGAAUGCCAAGACUGUGCAGAGCUGUCAAGGAAAAGGGUGGCAAUUUGAAGAAUCUCAAAUAUAAAAUAUAUUUUGAUUUGUUUAACACUUUUUUGGUUACUACAUGAUUCCAUAUGUGUUGUUUCAUAGUUUUGAUGUCUUAACUAUUAUUCUACAAUGUAGAAAAUAGUAAAAAAUAAAGAAAAACCCUUGAAUGAGUCAGUGUGUCAAAACAUACAGUACAAUGAGUUUUCAUACAGAUGUAGAAUCUUAAUGUGAGCCAGUUUGCUACAGCAGUUAGCAAUCCUGUUGCAACAGAAAAUGUGGAUUAUAAUUUUUGGUCAUUUUUGUAGGGAUUGACCAUUUUUUUUCACAAGGGAAAAUCAAGUCUGAAAUUUCAAAGUGGAAAUUACAAACAUCAGAAGCUUUUUCAAAUACACUACACGUUUUACAUUUCCUGCAUUGCACGGAAUAUCUCCUGCAACAGGGUGAUCAAAUUAAGAUCCUACAUCUGUAGGAUCUUGAGAACUCGUUUGUUGUUUUUUCUGGAUUUUAGAGACAGCAGGGAUAGAUUUACCAGGGGUUGAUAGCUCUCGGUCUCAGCUAUGACGCAUUGGAAUUAGAAUGAAGUUGCCCAUAACCUCUGGUCUGGGGUCAGAUAUAAUUUCAUCCCAUUUAUGAUCAAGGUUAAAGGGGGGGGGGGGGGUAAUCUGAUUUUAGAUCUGUGGUUAUGGGUAGUUUAACUUCUGCCUGCAAUACUGUAUGAAUGUGACGCAAAAUUACGACAUACUUCCGGGGUCAGUCCCCUAAAUCCUUUGAAUGGGCUUUACGAUUAUGUCAUGAAAUUCAGGAAAACGCACUCAUUUAAGAUAUAUAUCAAAAUUUAGUUUUGUUUUUAGAUGAAUUUACUUCUACCAGAUCCCUUUUAUGAAGUUUUCGCACUGAAGACCAUUGCGCUACGUAUUUGCCCAUUGAAAACCAUUCCAACAACUAGUUCUAAGUUCUAAAACUACAAUGCUACUUGCCGCGACACUUUCAUAGGGUAUGACUAUGGAACGCCGUUUGGGACUUUGCGUACAAAAAAAAUAUACACGUCAAAUAACACCGUUUAAUUGUAGAAUGUUGUGUUGGACCGCAACUUCUGUGGUAGUUAGCUAGCUUUAGCUUGGUACCUAGCGAGCACCAAUACAACCAGCCUGAAAACAAUGACUAGUAGAAACUGCAGUUAUUUUCCUUAUUCUUAGAAAUUAUUUCGGAAUCCGUGUGAGUAAGUAUUAGCUAGGUAGCCUCUUGUUGUUCGCCUAUUGAAAUUGAACUUCAGUUCAUGAAAAUAAAUAGUUAGCCAGCUACUAAACCCUGUUGCCCAAAGCUAACGGUAUAAGCAGCCAGCUAGCUUCAUUAGGCUCGACGUACCGGUUUAUAUGUUGAAACUAGCCACAAUAAGAAUUAGGCACAAUAUUUAAUUUGCGAUUUGUCUUCAAAAGAAAAGUACCUAUUUGAACGUGAUGCAGAAGGUGACAAUGGGUGGAAUCAUGCCAUAUUUAGACUAGAUAAUGUUAAUAAACAAGGUUGGAAUAUGAAGCAAUGAAAUGGGGUAUAUGUCUACUCAGUGACACCCACAGAAUACUACUGUGAAGAGUUUAUGAAAAUAUUAGCACUGUAGCUUGGGACUGUGACAGUGUGAAAUCACCUACCCUGUCAGCCCAUUGUGUGUAUUGACAUUCAUAUUGCAGUGUAUAGCUUUACCUAAGGAUUGGGGCUCAAUGAAGUAUCAGUUUUCUCAAUACCCAAGAUAUUAAUUCCCAAUGACCUCCUCAGAGUUAUCAAACUCAAACAUCCACACAGUAUUGUUUUUCUUCUGGAAUGGUGUCCCAAUACACAUGGGUUGACAAUAAAUGUGGCUCAAUUCACAGUUGUUUCAGAGUCCCACAAUAAGAGAUACGAUGCUAAUGUUCUCUGGGUGUCAAAUUAUUGUCUUUUGUUGAUUUUAUAUAACAUUCCAACCUCGUUUAGCAUGAUCUAUUCAAUUAUGGCAUAAUUCUACUAUUUGUAUUCAUUUGCAUCACUGUCAAUUACAUACUUUUAUUUUGAAGGCUAACAGCAAAGUCCACUAUUGUGACUAAUCCUUAUUGUGUCUAGCUUCACAUAGAUGGGUCCGAACACCAUUAAUCAAAUAAGAAGUGUCUUAUAAAUUAGGGUUAUUUUAGAUGAUGACACCAAGCUAUAUAGUUAGCUAUAUAGAUACUGAAACAGAUUACGUCAUUUUGCUAUGUUUUUGGGGAAGAACAUUGUUUGCAUUCAUGAGCUUGCUAGCUUUUUUUUAUGACCAUCACUGUAGGUGCGCGAGACAAGUUCACCAGCAUCAUAGCAUGCGUAUCGAUGAACCAUUGUGACAUAUGAAAUACGAGUGAUAGUGUAAUCAAUGUAUGAACGCGUUAAAUUAUAAUAUGACGUGCAGUCAUAUUCAGGUCAUGAUUGGUCAAAAAGCUUAUUUGAUGUGUAUCUUUUUUGACACGCAAAGACCCAAACGGCGUUCCAUAUAUGACGGUGUUGGACAGGUGAACGUUUUAGUUAGAGAGAUGCAUUGUGGGAUUGUUUUUAUAAAGAAAUCAUGGCUACUGUAGUUUGUGUGUACUUACAGACAGACAACUGUGUGGUCAGGUGUAUACUGCAUGGCAUUGCACUCACAAAGAUCGACCAAAACGGCCAAUGCAUACACCCUGAGUGACAACAACCGCUUCUUUUAAACUUUGUUUCUGCUGUUGUUCACCCAAAUAGUCUACAGAGAAUAUUAUAUAUAUUGGAAUGUAUGUAGGUAAUAACCUAAAUGUGUUCACUGGUGACCCUGGUCAAUCAAUGGCUGGGAAAUACAAUUAUCAACCACUGGGUUCCUUUCUUUCUGUUUCUUUCUUCUUUUCUGUUUCAAAUCCUCUUUCUCUCUCUCUCUCUAGCACCUCACACGAUUAACAAAUUAAUGCUCUCACCACAUGUCUUGUGCAGAAUUAUAAGUUGUUUUUUUUAAGUGCUUUUAAAUUGUAUUCCUUUGCUUUCAAAUGGGCCUCUCAAUGUCUGCUAGGACAUUUACAUUAUUUUACAAAUGAUAAAUCCCAAAAUAAGGGGUUAUUUAUAUAAAGGUAUAUAAAUAAAUAUACAAAUAAUAUAUAUAUAUAAUAUAUUAAAUAUAGUGUGUAGUUUAAGACUAUAUUGUGUUUGUUAGAGCUUUUGCACUAGUUGAAUGUUUCUGUUAUAUGUGAAUAUGUAACCUUUGCUCUCUAGUUUGUUGACAAAGCAGAUUAUGUUUGCAAGAAUAAUUUCACUUUUGAUUUCCUUUUCAAUUUGUAUAUCCUCUUUUUAGCUUGUCAACGUACGGAUCAUCAUGUUAGUGUUUUUGUAUUUAUAUUGUACUGUCGAGCUUCAAGCAAUGAAAAUACUGUUGUUGCCGUGCUCCCUUAAUAAUGUUUUCUAGUAUGUGUACCAAUAAACUAUACAGGUGUAAAA